UGGACAGGAUACAAUUAUUCGCAUUCAGAAGAAAAUGCUGGGUUGUUCGAGCGGGGCGGAUAGAUACCUCGCUCGUACGCUCACUUCAGCUCGACCGACUAGCUAAUCUCUACAACAUCUGAGAAACCUCGCCAGCUAGCUACACGAGAACUUGUUUCGUUGAGAAAUCCACACAAUGUGGAAUCGAUGCACGUGUACAAACGUAGUUUUUUUUAUCGGACAUUAAGGGGGCGGACACGAUCUAUUUAGCUUACGCAAGCUCAUAUUUGAUUUAAUAUAAUAAACUAAACUGAUUUAUAUAAGAAAUUAUAAGACAGGUUAUUUUUCUAAUCAUAUCUCAACAUCAUUUAAAGACAGACUAUUUUCACCAUCGAAUAACUCGUUUUGAGGAACCAACUGCUGGUCCCACGGUCUACCUGAUMAGUAUGAGCGAGAUUACAGAACCUUCUAAUGAUGCUCCCACUCCUACUGAAGCCGACAUUAACCCUGCACCCACAGCCGUCAUUCCCCCUGCACCCACAGCCCCCACCCAGUCCGAGGUGACGAUGACGACACCGGCUGAGAAGACACAGGAGAAGGCGGCUGAGGAUGUGGUGGCCGUGGAGGAAGAGGAAGAAGAAUAUGUGGUGGAGAAAGUUUUGAAUCGAAGGGUGGUGAAAGGGAGAGUGGAGUACCUUCUUAAGUGGAAAGGCUUUUCYGAGGGUGACAACACAUGGGAGCCAGAGGAUAAUUUGGACUGCCCCGACCUGAUUGCACUGUUUCUGCAGAAACAGAAAUCCGCUCAUGAGUCUGUAGGCAAGAGGAAGUCUGCAGAGCCUAAUGUGGAAGGAGAGGAAAGUCGACCCAAGAAGAAAAAAGAUGACCCAGAGAAACUAAGGGGCUUCACUCGAGGUUUGGAUCCAGAAAGGAUUAUUGGCGCCACUGACUCCACUGGAGAACUCAUGUUCCUCAUGAAAUGGAAAAACUCGGAUGAAGCAGACCUGGUACCCGCUAAGGAAGCAAACGUGAAGUGUCCACAGGUGGUCAUAUCCUUCUAUGAGGAGCGGCUCACGUGGCACUCUUACCCCGCCGAGGAGGAGGAGGAGAAGAAGGACGACAAGAACUAGCCGUUUUGGAGAGCGGUAUCAAGCUGGUUCUGAAGACUGUAGAGGUAGUGUCAAGGGCUUAUGGGGCUCUAGGCAAAGGGUCUGAGACAAGCACGACAGCACAUGGACUCCCUUUUUGGUUUAAUAUCACCCAUCAGGUUAAAAUCUCUGGAUAUGACCAAAGUCAAUACAGGCUAUGGGUUCUCUUGAGAAAUCACAACCCUGGAAGAAAUGUAUAAUGCAGUGUUAAAUGUUUUAAGAUUCACUCUAGUGACCAUUUGGAUACUACAAGAUCAUUUUCACAGGGCAGUUGACUAAGAGGUCUAGGCCUUGUACAUUACUGUGUAGGCUGGUGGAAAUGUUAUCAUUCAUAGUCUUGUAAACAAGUCAACGGUGCCAUUUAGUUUUAUGUAAAUGUUUUGUAGCUUAUAGUGCAAAACAAUGUUAAUCUUUGCUCGUUUUGUGACCGUUUUAGUGUAUUGAGGUGACAACACAUUUUUGAAAACCAUGUUUUUUUUUUUUACUUUGCUCAUGUGUCCAUCUUAUUCUAACAUUUUCAUAAACAGGACUUGCUUGUCUGUUUUUGGAGAAUAAACUUGUUACAAUUGUCA